GCAGAAAGAUGCACCACCAAGUGCAAUAUACACUACGGAAACAGUGGGUUUGCCGUGUGCCAAAGCACACGGCAAAGACCCAAAAACACUCGAAAGCAAGCAAGGAUCUACCACGAAUUGCUAACGCACGACUGACGAUUUAUUAGAUUUAUUAUAUAUGUUAUAUAUACAAGCAUCAUUCUCAUCGCUCUCUCUCUCUGACGUACUUCAUUAAUUAGCUAGUACUACCCAAUUAAGUCACAUCAUAUAAUCAUCUCACUCGCUAUAUAUAUAGGAUAAGGUGGAGAUCGAGGAUUUGAGGUGUGCUUGGCCAUCUUCACUCUCUUUCACUCUGCACGUACAUUAUUUAAUUUGAUGGGGCGGCGCUGGCGUUCGUCUCUGGCCUCGGGCCUCCGCGCCGCCCUGGCCUGCAGUAUCGUCGGCCUUGCCUCCCUCUACGCCCCGCCCGCCCUCCGCCGCCACAUCACCUUCCCGGCCUUCUCCUACGUCGUCACCGUCAUCAUCGUCACGGACGCCACCCUCGGCACGGCCCUGCGCGGCGCCGUCAGCGCGGUCCAGGCCACGCUCAUGGGCGCCCUGCCCUCCGUGCUGGCGCUCUGGCUCGCGCACUGCGCCGGCGCUGCCGAGUCCGUGCUGGCCACGUCGGCCGGCGUCGCGCUCACCGCCUUCGCGGUGGCGCUGCCGGAGUCGGUGGGCCCGGUGGCCAAGCGGAUCGCGCUGGGGCAGAUCAUCAUCAUCUACGUGGCCAGGUUCCAGCAGGGGGAGCGCCCCACCCGGUCUUUUGCUCUGAUGCACCCGGCCGAUGUGGUGGCGUGCACGGCGCUCGGGGUUGCGGCGGCGCUGCUGGCCGUGCUGCUGCCCGGCCCGAGGCUGGCCACGCGGGAGGCCAGGGACAAGACCAGGGCGUACAGGGUGCUUGCGGCGGAGAGGGUCAGGGUCAUGGCUGACGCCGCCAUCGGCGUCGUCGUUGGCGACGCAGCGGCAGCGUGCAGCCGGCAGCGGCGGUGGCAGAUGGCGGCGCGCACGUCGGAGGCGAGCCGGCUGGCCUCGGCAAGCACCGCCCUCCUCCACCUUAUAGACGCGAUCAAGGAGGACGUGCGGUGGGAGCGAGGAGCAGCAGCAGCGGACGACGGCAUGGUGGAGAUGCCACUGACGGGAAUGCAGAUGGCGCUCGAGAUGAUGAUGGACAACAAGUGCUGCAAGCUGCUAGACCAUGAUCACCAUCAUGCUGCCGACAUCAUCAUGGAGAUGAGGGACCAGACACGCCUCGCCCUCCUCACGCCCAGCAGCAAGCAGAUCAUUGAUGGUGGUGGUUUUACUUUUAUCCGGCGAUCCAGCUCCAAGCCGCAGAUCAGCAGCCUGUGCUUGCCGAGGACGACGAUGUUCCAGCCACAGCAGCUGGCUCCUUGGCUGUUCCUCUUCUCCCUCUAUCAGCUCAGAGACGGCUUGUUGGUCGCCAAUAAUGCCAAUGCCGCCAGUGUCAACAAGAAGGUCGCGCCCGCAGCAACGGCGGCCCAAGAAGAAGAAGAAGAAGCAGCCACUGCAAGAGAAGCAGCUAAUAAUAAUGACGACGAUUGUUCUUGUUCGAUGACGACUAAGGACAGCAAGCCCUGCCGGCGGCUCGUGGCGGCUGCCAAGUGCGGCUUUUCGCUGGGCCUCGCCGUCCUGCUGGGCCUGCUCUUCAGCAACGACCACGGUUUCUGGUCGGGCCUCAUCGUCGCCACCACCAUCACCACGGGCCGCGAGUCCACCUGGGCUGUGGCCGCAGCGCGGGCCCACGGCACCGCGCUGGGCUCCGUCUACGGCGCGCUGUGCUGCCUGCUCCUAUCGCAGCAGCGCCUCCUGACCAUGGACCUCCGCUUCCUGGCGCUGCUCCCCUGGAUGGUGCUCGCCACCUUUCUCAAGCGCAGCCGCGCCUACGGCCCUGCCGGCGGCGUGGCGGCCGCGUUGUCGGGCAUCAUCAUCAUGGGGCGCCGCUACGACGAAACUGCCAUGGCCUUCACGGUCGCCCGCCUCGUGGAGACCUUCAUAGGCAUCGCCUGCGCCGUCCUGGCUGACAUCAUCUUCCAGCCAGGGGCGAGGCCGUCGGUGCAGGCCAGGGAGCAGCUCACCCGCUGCAUCGCCGCCGCGCUUGCAGCCACAGCCGCUGAUGAUCCAUCGCCGCAAUAUUCACAGCAGCAGCUCAAGAUCAGCCUGCAGCCGCAGCUGGCCCUGCUUAGGAGACAUGCGGCGGAGGCCGGAAGCGAGCCCUCCUACCUGUGGCUGCUGCCGUUCCCGGCGGCCUGCUACGACAGGAUCCAGGGCAGCCUCGGCAGGAUGGCGCAGCUGCUGCGUCUCUACCACCAGGCACGCAUGGCGGUCGGCGAUGACGACGACGACAUGAUGUUCCAGCAGACCAGGCGCUUCAGCAGCCUCGUCUCCAGCUCCCUGAGACAUUGCCUCCGCAUGCUGCUGCAGGCGCCACCCGACAAUGCUGCUAUUAUUAUGUCGUCAUCAUCACUUGAUCAUCAUCAGGAUGAGGCCAGCAAGGACGACCUUGAGGCUGGGAAUAAGCAUGGCAUCACCUGCUGCUGCUGCAAGGAGGACGACACACACACACCGGAGGAGGUGGUGGCCUCCUUCCUAGCACAUGCACGAGAGGCAGCGGCCUCGUUGCUGGAUGACAACGAUGGUGAUGAAGCCCACGCAGAGAAGUCGGGGGAGGACACGGGGCUGCUGGUGUGCAGCUGCCUGGCCUCCAUGGGAGUCUGCAUGGGAGAGAUCAUCAGGGAGGCCCAGCGGCUGGAGGCCAACAUCAUCGACCUCAACAACCUGCAACGUUAACAGCCUCAUCAUAAUAUAAAUUUCUGCAGCUAGCCUGAUUCACUACUAUAGAUAUAUAUAUGGUCAUUGCAAACGGUUCAUCACCGCCAGUUUGAACUAAACCGGCGGUGAUAUUCUACUCAUCACAACCGUACCAUAUUCCGAACCGACGGUAAUAGAUUUUCAAACAUUAAAGAGGUCUUACCUAUUAUUAUCCUCA